AUGGUGUACGUUGAUAAAGAUAUUGAAUCGAAUCUCAAAUAUAGCCCUUCCUAUUCGUGGAAAGCCAGGGGCCAUGCUUUGAGCUCCACCAUGAAUAAGUACAAGAAGUUUGGAUUGCUGCUGUUGGUGCUUUUAGGAUUGUCUCUAUUCACCGAUAUCCCACUCGUGCCCCAUUUCUCACUGUCCGAUCCGAAGGUUGUGCUCAUUCUAGCGGCAAACGAAGGUGGCGGUGUUCUCAAGUGGAAAGGUGCACAGGAAUGGUCCAUUGAGAGAUCAAGCAUUGCCAACAAGAGAAACUAUGCCCAAAAGCACGGAUAUGGACUGGUCAUCAAGGACCUCACUUUGAAGAAGAGAUACUCUCACGAGUGGAGAGAAAGCUGGGAAAAGGUUGAUAUACUGAAACAGAGCUUUAGACAGUUCCCUAACGCUGAAUGGUUUUGGUGGUUGGACUUACACACCUACAUCAUGGAACCUGAGAUCUCGCUUGAAGAGCAAGUGUUUUCCAAGCUGGACAAUAUCACAAACAGACAACUUGGAGAUUUCAACCCACUGCACAUUUCUCCAGAUGUUCCUUAUGUUGAUUUAACAUCACCAGUGGAGCUCGUCAUUACCCAGGACUGUGGUGGGUUCAACCUGGGCUCCUUUCUGAUCAAGAAGGGAGAAUGGGCAGAGACGCUGUUGGACAUCUGGUGGGAUCCUGUCUUUUACGAACAGAAGCACAUGAUAUGGGAACACAAGGAGCAAGAUGCGUUAGAAAGCUUGUACACCAACUUACCAUGGAUCAGAGAACGCACAACGUUCUUGCCGUUGAGAUCGAUCAAUGCCUUCCCUCCAGGCGCGUGCUGGCAAGAGGCCAACGACCCACGUUACUUCUAUAACGAAAAGGACAGAGACUUCAUGGUCAACAUGGCGGGCUGUGACUGGGGAAGAGACUGUUGGACAGAAAUGGAGUACUUCAAACAACUUUCAAGGAAAUUACAUCGUCCAUGGUACAAGUUCUGCCAACAGAACAACCAAAACUACGCAGAUAUUCCUCCUCCAACUCCCUUGCCAGAUAACUCUGACUAUGAAGACUUCCAAAUUCAACAGCAGCAUAUAAGUGGGACCCCAUCGAGUGUGAGUUUACAAAACUAUGCCCAGCAGCAACAGCAACAGCAACAGCAACAACAGAGGCAUCAACAUGACGAACAAGCCCCACCUUAUGAAGCUGCCGCUGGUAGACCCAUGCAAAGGUCAACAUCUUCAAUGGCAUCACUACAAGAUGACGAGCAGCAGAAUUCACGAACAUCCAAGAAGAACUUGAAACAGAUGGGAUUGAACUUUCUGAACGCUAGACAGCACCUCGCGUUGGCGUUCUGUCGAGAUGUUGUGCUGCUACCGCCGUCAUACCAUGCUUUCAAGGCGUUCAAGUACACAGUUGAGACUUUCAGCAUUAAUGAAUCCUCAAUCACAGAUGUUAACUAUAUCCCAAUGCUAACAACGGCCAGUCCCACGGAAUAUUUCCUGGCCGGUGUAUGGUGCUUUGUUGCUGCUUACUUGUCCUACCAGGUCAUUGAUGGGUUGAUGGUACGAUGGAUAGUUACAUAUCAAACAUCUGCAGCUAUCCUGAGGGUUCUAUCCAUCUCUAUGUUUCUUAUCACUAUUGAAACUGGUGCAUUGUCCAUUUUCAGCCCAGAAGGAAGUUACUCUUUACACACUUGGAUCUUGAUCUCAUGUGUCUUAACAGGUGCUUACAUCAUUCAAAAUUUCGUGACUAGCAAUCUUGAUCCAAAGGCAGGAAACAGGAGAAGAACCAUUGACUACUAUAACAUCGCUGUCUUUGCAGUGGUGCCUGUUGGGUUGGCUAGCUUUAUCAGCAUGAUUGUACUACUCCGGGUGCUUCUGAUAAUCAGAUUGGAUCUAAGUGGGAAGGAGCUACUCGACGGAAUAUUCACCAAUACAUUCUGA